UCCUGAAAUCAGUAUAACUAAACCCACACGCGCUACCCUUCUCGGUCGUCGCAUCACACUCAGACUAGUCAGUAUAGUUUUGGAUUCAUUCAUCUUACAAUUAAACCCAUCCAAAUUUCUCAACUGAAUCUUAUUCUAUUCAUUUUAACCUUUUAUAUCUCACCAAUAAGGACGUGUUCUUCAAACCCUUUCGUCUAUACUCUUCAAAACCCCUCUCUCCUUCACUUUCAACGUCAAAAUUCAUUCUCCCCUUCUCCACAACAUGCCUGAUAAUGAAGAACCGAAUAUCAUAGCGGGGACAAUUUCUGAACUACCGUUUUACAGAUACAAGCGAUGGCAAUGGUGGUCUCUCGUGGCACUCAGCAUAUUUUUUCUUAUUAUGGGACAAUCUGUUGCGGUUAUCCUCGGAAGAUUUUAUUACGACCAAGGUGGAAAAAGCACAUGGAUGGCUACUUUAGUCCAAACUAUUGCUUUCCCCUUGUUGUUAAUUCCAUUCUUCACAAUUCCUUCUCCCCCGGAAGCUUCAACUUCUUCGGUUCCACCUUCCGUUAAACUGGUCGCUUUGAUAUAUUUUGUUCUUGGAAUCGUGAUUGCUGCUGAUAAUAUGAUGUAUUCACAAGGACUCUUGUACCUCUCUGCUUCUACCUAUGCACUGAUUUGUGCAUCUCAGUUAGCUUUCAAUGCAGUUUUCUCCUAUUUUCUCAACUCUCAAAAGUUCACUGUUUUGAUCAUAAACUCGACCGUGAUUCUCACUUUAUCUUCUUCAUUACUUGCUGUUAAUGAAGACGCAGAUGCUCCGUCCGGUAUCCCAAAGGGAAAAUAUGUUAUUGGUUUCCUUUGUACUCUUGGAGCUUCUGCACUCUACUCUCUUUUGCUUUCCCUCAUGCAACUGACCUUCGAGAAGGUUCUGAAAAAGGAGACAUUUUCCGUUGUUUUGGAAAUGCAAAUCUAUACUUCACUUGUCGCGACCUGUGCUUCCACAAUAGGCCUAUUUGCAAGUGGGGAAUGGCAUACUUUGCACGGAGAAAUGAAGGGUUUUCAGAAAGGAGAAGUUGCUUACGUAAUGACUUUGGUUUGGACAGCAAUAGCGUGGCAGGUUUGUUCUGUUGGUGUGGUUGGCUUGAUUUUCCUAGUGUCUUCUCUCUACUCUAAUGUUAUCAGUACUGUCUCUUUGGCUAUUACUCCUAUUGCUGCUGUGAUAGUUUUUCAUGAUAAGAUGAAUGGGGUGAAGAUAAUUUCCAUGCUUAUGGCUUUAUGGGGUUUUGCUUCAUAUAUCUAUCAGAAUUAUCUCGAUGAUUUAAUGGCAAGACGUGCACGGGCUGUUGCUUCUAAGCCUCACGACGAAUCUUCAUGUUGAGAAUAUUCAAUUUUUGCAUCAUCCAAACAUAUUUUCCACAUACCCUUUUCUUUCUGGUUUUAAAUCCUUAGGUGCAGAAUACUGCUAGUUUUAGAGUUUAUUUCUUCUUCAGUCCUACAGAAAUAGAGAACUCCUAAAGAUACAAGGUUCUCUUGGCCAUUCUAGAUAUUUAAUUGUAUACUUUUAAAAAUAAAUGAAAUGGUUAAUUGGUGUCUCAGUUGAACAAAAUUCUCCGCUAUUUUGUUUCCAAAUAUUUGUUCGAUGGCUUUUGUGAUAAAUUGAAUAAUCUCUUGGUGAUUA